AUGACUCGACCUCGUACGACUGGCAAUGGCCGGGGGCAGAGGACGUACACUCGCAUUCCAGUCGAUUACACGCACAAGCUCAAAGCCCUCGACAAACUGGCGAAAGGAGCCGAAGUAGGCGCAGUAAUUGACGAGCUCUACCCAUCGAUCUCGAAGGCGGAACGAAACAAGAAGCAGAAGCAAAUUUCCAAGUGGAAGAAACAAGCCGGCUUCAUUAAAAAGGUGUAUGACGAUGGUAAGGAACACCUACAAAACUUCCGCAGGAGUGGUGAUGCAACGAUUCUAUCAGCGGACGCUGAGAGAGAUAUAGUCUUGUGGCUGAACACCAUGCGGAAAGAAGGCUGCUCUGUAUCGGAGAAGAUGCCCGAGCUCAAGGCGUUAGAGGUAGCUGCAGAUAAUGGAAUUUCCCUCGACGUGUUCAGCGCGUCCUACUCGUGGAGACAUCGCUUUCUGCGCUCUAUACGCGCGCGAACCCGACAAGGCCAAACCACGCCCACCGACGCCGAAGCAGCCCGGGUGAAGUUCCUCGAAGAAGUCCGACAUGCGAUAUGCCAGCACAAUAUCACAAAAGUUUUCAACGCGGACCAGACAGGUACGCAACGUCGAAGGUCGGCAAAAUGA